AGGCAGGUGAAUGAUGAGUUUCACAUUCUUGCUAACUCCUGGAGAUACAACCAACAGUUUUCCAGCAAACUGUUCUUUGCUUUUGUUGAUUAUGAUGAUAGUUCUGAUGUAUUCACCAUGUUAGAUAUCAAUUCUGUUCCAUUGAUUGUUCAUUAUCCAGCCAGAGGAAAGCCAAAGAAACAGGAUACAUUUGAUUUGAACAAAGUUGCAUUUUCAGCUGAAAUGAUGGCUAGAUGGAUCUCAGAGAGAACUGAUGUUGCUAUCCGAAUCUUCAGACCUCCAAGUUAUUCUG